GUGUCAAUCGUUUUUUCUGUUUUCUUAUUUAUCAUGCUAUUUAUCUCUUGAAGCCUGUGGGUUAUGUAUUUAUGUGAUACCAGCGUGCACUCUGCUCUGGUGUGGUUUUAUAUUUGAAGUGGAUGUCAGUGAUGUUUUGGUGGUUCUGUCCUUUGUUUUAGCUUCUGAGGUUUGUGGCUUGCUUUCGAAGAUUGGUUGUGUGGGUGGAUAUACCUAUAAUGGGUAUUGAUACCAAUUUGGUGACUACUAUCAUUGGGUUUGGGUUGAGUGCAACGUUCAUUGUCUUCGUUUGCACAAGAAUAAUUUGUGGAAGACUACACGAACGAGUUGGAGUACGAACAGUAUAUGAAAUCGAACCAAGAACAGACAUAGAACGGUCAGAGUUUCAUGGUAAUGAGCCUGAACCUGCUUUUGUUGCUGCAAUCCCCACUUUGAGUUUCAACCAUGAAGCCUUCGUUUCAACGGGAAGCACACAGUGUGUGAUAUUUUUGGCAGAGUACAAAGAAAAAGAAGUAUUGCGCAUCAUACCAAAAUGUGGCCACACUUUUCACCUUUCUUGCAUUGAUAUGUGGCUGAGAAAACAAUCAACUUGUCCAGUGUGUCGUUUGUCACUGCAAAAUGCUUCUGAAUCAAAACAUGUGAGACAUGUAACAUUUACCAUAAGACAUUCGCUGGAUGAGUCCAAUGAUAUUUCAGAAAGGAACAUAGACAGUGAGAGACAGGUUGAAGCUAAUUCUAGGAUAUCUCUACAAUCAACUUUGGGAGAGAUAGGAUGUUAGAAAACUAGUUUGUGUCUAAUAUUUGUGUAUGUAAAGGAACAUUGCUUGCAA